UAUGCUGCGCCAAGAGCAGUGCUGCGUAAAGCCAAACAGCCUGUGUGGACUGUCGUUACUUGGCGGCGUUUGCAGGCGCGAAAGGAAAGGUUUCAAUGGGAGCAAGUCCCGGAACAAAAUAUGGACAGUAAAGCUACUCUAAUGAGACUCAAAAGUUAAAACAAAGUAAAAAAAAAAAAAGCACAGAGAGAGAAAACGUUUAGCUCUUCAUUUGAAUGCCGCUUCUCUUGAUUCAUCUGUUGAAAUUUGAAUAAUCUGGAAAGAGAAGAAUCACUCAAAGGCGUAUCAAAGUACUGCUGCAACUUCUUUUGGCUGUUAACUUGUUGAAUGAGCAGCUCGACCCAGGAGCGAAUUUAAAUGAUGCUGUGUGCUGCAAAAACCACAACUGAGAGGAGAUCAAGCUAGGACAUCUGACAGCCGCUGACUUAUGAGGAGUGUCACUCCCCUCUGCCCAUCACAUCUUACCGUUAGUUGACCCUUUCAUCAACACCCAACACUUGUGAAAAGCCCCUUGUUGACACACCUCAUCAACCAGGCAGAAGUGGCAGCAAUCGAAAAAACAAAAUAACUAAAUGGGGGUGAAUCGUUGCCUGAAGCUGCUCAUACAAAAGUAGCAACAUGCUGCCACAGUUCCCAAAUGCACCAUUUGGCUGAAGUUGAAUUAGAAAAUUCUCAAGGAUUUUGUCAUUUUUUUAUGACAAAGCAGCAGCUGUAAAAACUAAAAGUUCAACAAAAAACACACAGAAUGAGAUCAGCGAUGCUUUGGCCCGUUUUGUUCGCUCUUCAAGCCGGGUGCACCAGCGUGGCCCACGCCAUGCAAAACUACCCCGCGGCCUGGGGACACUAUGACGUGUGUAAGUUCCAGAUCUAUACAGAGGAGGGACUGGCGUGGGACUACAUGGCCUGUCAGCCAGAAGGCACCGACAUGACGAAGUACCUGCGAGUGGCCCUCGACCCCCCAAACAUCACGUGUGGAGAUCCGCCAGAAACGUACUGCGCUUUGGAGAAUCCUUACAUGUGCAACAAUGAAUGUGAUGCUACGACUGAGGAGCUGGCUCAUCCUCCAGAGCUGAUGUUUGACUUUGAAGGUCGCAACCCCACAACGUUUUGGCAGUCCACCUCAUGGAAGAAAUACCCGAAGCCCCUCCAGGUGAACAUCACGCUGUCAUGGAACAAAACCGUCGAGCUGACUGAUGACAUCGUACUGACCUUUGAGUCAGGCAGACCCGAGCAGAUGGUCCUGGAAAAGUCCCUGGACUACGGCCGGACCUGGACCCCGUACCAGUUCUACGCGACAGACUGCCUGGACGCCUUCACCAUGGAGCCCAAGACGGUCGGAGACCUCACCCAGCGCACUCUGCUGGAUAUCAUCUGCACUGAGGACUACUCCCGAGGCUACGUGUGGAAGAACGACAAGACGGUACGCUUUGAGAUAAAGGACCGCUUUGCCCUCUUUGCCGGGCCUCGGCUACACAACAUGGCCUCGCUGUACGGCCAGCUGGAUACCACCAAGAACCUGCGGGACUUCUUCACCAUCACUGAUCUGAGGAUUAAGCUGCUAAAGGCAGCCACUGGAGCCACCAUGGUGGAUGAGAACAACCUGUCCAGAUACUUCUACGCUAUUUCUGACAUCAAGGUGCAGGGCAGGUGCAAGUGUAACCUGCAUGCCAACAGCUGUGUGUUUGACAAGGGGAAGCUGGGCUGUGAGUGUGAACACAACACCACAGGGCCAGACUGCAGCCGCUGUAAGAGGCAUUACCACGGAAGAGCCUGGAGUGUGGGCUCCUACCUCCCCAUACCCAAAGGAACCGCAAAUAUAUGUAUCCCCAGUAACCAUGGACCAGUGCAUCGAGCAAAUGCUUCAUCUCUUGGUGUUGCAAAUCGUAACCAAGCUCGGGUGUGUGACAACGCGAUGCUGCGCUGUCAGAACGGUGGCACUUGCCACCAUCAUCAGCGGUGCCAUUGUUCCCCCGGCUUCACCGGCGUCCUGUGUGAGAGAGCUCGCUGCCAGGGCCCCGGGGAGUGUGACGACCAACUGUCUGGACAGGACUCCUUCCAUCAUCCCCCCAUCAUCCGCCAGCUCGCACUUACCCUCGUAGUGCUCCCGCUAUUGAUUGUUUCCCUUUGCUGAGAGACCUGAACGGCCUCUCAUCCUCGACCAAAACCCUAAAACCACAUACGUUGAGAUUGAACUUUCAACCUUAAGGACAUACAGGACAAUGUGCUCAGCAUACAAUAUAAGCAACUUUUUUUGUACAUCCAAGGCCACAGUGGUGGGUGACAGUGUUACUGGUGCAACAGCUUGUGCACUGAUCUGUUAUACUGAAUGCUAAAUGGAUACAGUAUGUGAAGGGAUAGGUGGAGUCACUGCUGUCUGAUAGUGUCACAGAGGAAGCGGCUGGAGCCUUCGCUUUUUGAUUAUGUCAUUGGCUGGUACUUUAUUAAAAGGCAGACUGAAGACUGGGAUAGAGCUGCCCACACUCUGAGAGCAAACUGUACAAAACUAGACACAUGAUUUCUAAGUAUCAUCUGAAGUUAUUAAAAAAUAAUAAUGUGGACGGGGACAUCUUAAAACAUCUUGCCUCACAGCCUCCUUCCCGACUUGCUAUCUCCUUUCCUCACUGUUCCCCUCCUUUCCUUCACCUUCUCCCCCCUGUGCUUCAGUGACUCUGGUGAAUUUACUUUGCUGAAGGGUGUCUGUUGUUUUUGCCAAAUGCUGCACAUGUCUUAUUAUCGAGCCCCUUGACAAAUCUAGUACUUUUUCCUUUUCUUUUUCAGAGGCUUUGUAGUCAUGCUUGAGCUCACCUGUAAAAGGGGCAAAAAAAGUUGUAACAUACUGUAACUGUAUUUAAUUUUUGUAUAAAACAGAUAUUUUCAUGACUACGCAAAACAAAAAGAUGUAUUACUCGUUUUCUAUUGCUGCCAACCUGUCCUAGAUGUGGACUAUGAGUGUGCAAAGAGUUUGGUUGUAUUAUUUCUUUGCUUGUGUGGCACAUGGUACUCUUCAUUUGAGAGCUGCUGUCAAAACUAUGUUUACAUAAACACUUACACAAUACACUUCCACCAAAGGGAAAAAGAAAAAACAUGUCUUUGUCUUGUUGUUGAACAGUAAUCAUUUUAUUAAUUAGGAACAUGACAUUUGAGACAAGAUGUGUAGAGUGAAACAGUGUAUUGUUUGUAGAUAUAGGUUCAAGCCAAUGACAAAAAGUGAAUGUCAUUUUAAAGGAUUUUUGAAUGCCAAUCGUGGACCUAUUCACUGAAGAAACAGUUGAUGGUAGCAAUAUAUCAGUCAACAAAUGAAUUCCUAGAUCUUUGACUACACUUGUGUUAUUCUAAUGUGUUGUAACCGUCCUUGUUGUGCUCAUGAAACAUGGGAAAAUCUGAAGAAUCUCCAGCCAAAAUCCUGUCUGCUUUAUGUAAAUUUAACAAGACUUAAAAAAAAAAAAAAGGGGGGGAUUGCACGGCUUCCGCAGAGGUUGUCCAGCUCAAAUCUGUAAUCAAAUCUAAUCCUUGAAUCAAAUGGAAAGAGGGGAAGGCUUUCUGAGCUGGUAUGGUUGAAAGCCUGCAUCCUGCUGCGGGAGCCUCGAGAAGCGACACGUUCAGGAAAUGAGCUUUAAGUCAUGGAGGGUCAAUGAAUAGGAAUGAAGUUGCAUCCCACUGGGUGACAUACUGAGCACUGAGACCAAUUUCAUUUGGAGAGAUUAAUUUUCUUACCGAGGGUGUCAUGAAACACUUAAUUGUGUUAGAGACUACUGUAAGUGCCUCUCAUUAAAUGACACUGUCGAUGAAAGAGAAGAGAAUGCAUUUUUUGACAGAGACUCUUGCCUUGGAAAGCAACUUCUUGAAACUAAAAUUAGGUACUUGAAACAGAAUGUCGUAUGUGAAUGAAAUUGAGAGAAAUGAAUGCUACUUAUUUAGCACAUUUUUGGGGGGAUAAAGGAAAGGUUCAUUGUCAGUGUAAAUAUGCUAGACAAAAAGCAGGACAACCAAGUGAUUGCCAUUCACCUAAAUAAAUCAGAAACAUACUUGAAGAAUUGAGCAUUUUUUAAUUCCCAAAACAGAUAUUGUUCAAUCAUUCAAUCAUAGGUUAGCAACCAUUAUUAGCUACAACAAGCCAACAUGUUGAAGUGGUGAGCAUUGGGUUGUGUUUAAAACAAUUAUGUAUAAUUACCUUUUUAAGCCUCAGAACUCAAAUUACAAGGGCAACAUUUUGAGUAAUGCAUUAAACACUACUUUUAUCUGCUCUAACAUAAACUACGAGCAUUAGCAUGACCAGCUCACUCGCGAACUAACCUAGAAUUGCUCUAAGGCCAAAAAGGGAUACAAGGGAUAUAAAUGUUGAACAAUAAUACAACCACUAUGUGGAAGCCAGUCCUAAAUGUUAACAGAGUAGUCUUCAAGCUCACACAUCCAUCAUCCUGUUGUUGACAUUAUUUGAUAAAGUUUGAACUCAAUCUAGCCAACUGUGUUAGUUCCGAUGUUUACCAAAUGUGGUUAGUCAUUAUUCUAAAAGCCUAUUCUCUUGUAGUGAAAUAUACUGCUUAAAAAUAUGAAAGUAAACAUCCAACCUGUGUCUUGCUUGUCAAAUUAUGUAAGCUAAACAGACGGAUGGAUUCCCGCUUAAUGCCAGGACAAAGUAGCACUACAUUGCAAAACAAGCAAAAUACUAUUUCAUUAUUUUUCAUGUAUUCCACAUCGAUCAUGAACUGGUGAAGAUGCUGACUUUUUGGAAGCCAGUAAGAUCAUAUCCCCUUUAUAGGGUUUCUUUAGAAAAACGUUAGUUUA